AACGAAGAUCGAUAUGAAUCGUCUCCCCUACACUAGUGACGAGCCUGAACGAUGAUCCGGUCGUCUGCUGUGACGCAGCCAAAAUGGCGACGAGUGCUGAAGUGCCGGUAGAAAUCAAGCAGAGUCGCGUGUGUCCCACGGAAAAUUCGACAUCAAAAAUGGAAUCCAUGGACAUAGCGACAGAGCCUACUACUAUGAAUAAGAAUGCCAGCAGCGUACCAUCCUGCAGGGAAUCUGUAUCCGUUGACGAUAUGACCUCGAGGGACUACUACUUUGAUUCCUACGCUCACUAUGGAAUACAUGAAGAAAUGCUAAAAGAUGAAGUACGCACUGUGACUUAUCGAAACUCAAUGUAUCAUAAUAAACAUCUCUUCAAAGGGAAAACGGUUCUUGAUAUCGGUUGCGGCACCGGCAUUCUCUCCAUGUUUGCAGCUAAAGCUGGCGCGGCUAAAGUCAUUGGUAUUGAAUGCUCUAAUAUCGUUGAAUACGCAGAGAAAAUAGUAGAAGCAAACAACCUGUCCAACGUUAUAACGAUACUUAAAGGGAAAGUCGAAGAGGUUUCAUUGCCCGAUGGAAUAGAAAAGGUCGAUAUAAUAAUAUCUGAAUGGAUGGGCUACUGUUUAUUUUAUGAAUCGAUGUUAGACACAGUGCUAUUUGCCAGAGACAAAUGGCUUCGCGAAGAUGGUAUGCUUUUUCCUGACAAAGCAACUCUGUUUAUCUGUGGAAUCGAAGAUAGACAAUAUAAGGAUGAGAAAAUCAAUUGGUGGGACGACGUGUAUGGUUUCGACAUGAGUAGCAUAAGAAAAGUGGCCAUUAGCGAACCACUAGUAGAUGUCGUCGAUCCGAAGCAGGUCGUUACAAAUGCAUGCCUAAUCAAAGAGGUUGACCUCUACACAGUAACAAAAGCUGAUCUCGAGUUUUCGUCGCCGUUUACCCUUCAAGUACGCAGAAAUGACUAUGUCCAAGCUCUAGUUACAUUCUUCAACAUCGAAUUCACUAAGUGCCACAAACGAAUUGGCUUCAGUACCGCACCGGAAGUGCCAUACACACAUUGGAAACAAACCGUCUUUUAUUUUGACGAAUACAUGACAGUGAAGAAGGGAGAGGAGAUAUACGGCGUAUUCUCGAUGAGGCCCAACGCCAGGAAUUACAGAGAUCUGGAUUUCAGCAUCGAGCUAGACUUCAAAGGGGAGCUGUGCCAAGUACACGAAACUAACAACUAUCGUAUGCGCUGAUACACAGUGGAGUGUGCAUCACUUUCCACUCUUUUCGUAACUCAUAAAAAAAAGUCAUUUAUAAUCAAGCCUGAAGUCGAUUUCCUACAUUAUGAACCUAUAAAACAUCGCGUUUAGACAGCAUGUAUUAUCAACGGUAUGUAAGCUGUCAAUCUUGACAGAUCUUUAAUUUUAAAAAGCAUGGAAUGCUUUCUAAUUAGACGUUUAAUAUAAUGACUUUUAUAGACGUUCUCUUCUGUAAACGUGCAAAUGUCUGGAUAAUUAUAUUUAUAAUAUUAAAUUCAAAUAAGUGACAAAACAUUGUAAUAAAAAAUAAAACGCGAAUUUUCGCGCACAACUAAAAGCAAAUUUAUCCAAUAACUUGUAAAAAAGGUCUCUUAACAUGAACGUUUUGAUGAUAUCUUAUUGUAAUAUUAAAAGAAACCACUUGUAAUUAAUAUCUCUGAUGUACAAUAAAAUAUAUAAUUGUGCGCCAAAAUUCUACAUCCUUGUUUUUCUUUUAUAUUAUCGAACUUUUAGUGUAAUCUUAUUAUAAAGAAUUAUGGAAUGAUUAAAAAGAUCAGUUUAAAUUUGAAA